AUGCGGCUACUGGACACGUGGACGGGGAAUUUCCGCUGGGUUGACCAUCCUUCCACAGAACAUUACGCCAUCUUGUCCCACGUCUGGGACAUCAGCGGAGAGCAAACCUACGAGGACCUACGGACACUCCAGCAAAACAUCAAGGAUGAUUCAGCCAUAGGAACUCCUGCUACGACUAUACCCACACCGUUAGAGGGCAAGCGAUGGCGCCGCCUUAGCCUUUCUUGGCGCUGGCGGAAGAAUAUCCAGACUCGCCGAGCUUCAGCUACUGAGGUCCUUUCCAGAACUUCCCGCCCCCCAGACACCAUCUUCGCACACCCGCUUAUCAGCGAGAAGAUCCGUAACGCCUGUGCAGUUGCUCGGGCCGAUGGGUAUCGUUAUAUCUGGAUAGACUCGGGCUGUAUUGACAAGUCUAGCAGCGCGGAACUCUCAGCAGCCGUCAACUCGAUGUUCCACUGGUACCGUUGGGCAGAUGUUUGUUACGCACAUCUCCCUGAUGUUGCUGACGACGACAGUCCUCUUCUGGAUGACUCCCAGUUCCGCCGGAGUCGAUGGCACAAGCGGGGCUGGACGCUCCAGGAGCUCAUCGCUCCCGACAGGGUGGUAUUCCUCUCUCAGAAUUGGAAGUUGUUGGGAUCGAAGGUCUCCCUGGCGAAGGUCAUCGAGCAAGUCACGGGUGUCGAUCGCAUGGUUCUAGAAGAUCCGACGGCUGUUUUCUCCGUCAGCGUGGCCCGCCGAAUGUGGUGGGCGUCCAGUCGAGAGACAACCAGGGUGGAGGACGAGGCGUAUUCGCUUAUGGGAAUCUUUGGAGUCCACAUACCGGCCAUAUAUGGCGAGGGUCGACACGCCUUCGUUAGAUUGCAGCAAGAGAUUCUGCGUGCCAUCCCCGACCAGAGUCUCUUCGCAUGGGGUUCUUGUAUCACAGACACGACGCCUGGGCGGAUAUCCGGUGCACCUGAUGCCUCUUAUGGUCUACUAGCCUCUGCCCCUUCCGAUUUCGCUUACUCGAACCCAAGUGCGAGCGCGCAUGGUUACUACGACUUGUUGGGAACGCUCGGCCUUCCCAUGGAGACUCCUCCACCCGAUUUCACGAUCACUCCCUACGGUAUCCGCGCGCGACUACUCGUGAUCCCUAGCCCCGCGAUCAAUGUCGAGCGCCACUUCUUCCACACCUCCUUCCGUCCAAAAUACAUAGCGCUUCUCGGCUGCACUGACGAUGAAUUCCGUUAUCUCACCCUUCCCCUGUGCACCCCGUUGAAGCCCUCUCAGUCCCGCAACGAGCACAUCGUGUCUUUCAGCCCAGGCGCAUUCGUCCCCGUCCGCGUCUGGCCUAUCAGGCUGGAUUUCCUGGCGCGCUAUCGACACAGCAUUAUUCUUGCUGACCUGCUAAUACGCACCGGAGGCUUCCGUCCCGGUUCGCAGAGCGUCCGCCCGACCCCUGGCCUCGGUGACAAGAAGGUGUCGAACGAGGUUAUUCUCCGGAGCUGGUCCCAGUCACAUAUGUCCGCCAUGGGCUACUCAGUCCAGCAGCACCAACCUUACGUUCAAGACAGCAACUCGAACUCGCACAUGAUUGUCAUGCAAAACAGCACUAUCAGAGUAACAGUCGUCGUUACAGUCGGCGAGGCCAUGAUGCGCCCGAUAGUGCGCGUGCGAUACCAAACACUCUGCGCAACCCGUACGGGCACAUCCUCCGCGAGCCUGGACUCCGGGGAAGACGCCGUCGAACUUGUUGGGCGGGGAUACGCCAGACCCCCCGCCAAUGCAAAUGUCGCCUUCCUCUCGAGUUGGAGGAUGACGUUCAGCAUUACCGCACCUACAACCUCAGCCCCCCGCGGUCCUUCCGUACCGCCUCUGACUGAGUCACCUAGUACCCCUACCACCACGCACACCAGGACCGCGCACGAGUGGACCAUCACCUGCUGUCGAUUCAUCGACAGCGACGGCUUUUGGAAGCUCGGCGUCGAGGUCGACAUCGUCCCGACGAGCGUCCUCGAGGAUGUUCAUGAGCAGGAUCAAGGAGGCCCGGAAGUGGAUGAUAAAUCCCUCCGCCCCCACUCCGAUUCUGUCUCACAACUCCCCGACACUGCCGUGAAUCAAGAUGUUGCUCUCGCGGACGAUGCAUCUUCAUUCUCCGCAUCUGCACAAUUCGCACACAUGCGGGGAACGCGCCGUCCCAUGGGCCCUCGCUCACCAAGCACAUAG